AGCGCGGGUGAUGCUAACGCUAACGCUCCUGUCUCUGGUCAUUGGUGCCGACUCCCAUCUUAGAGAGACCCCCAAGUCCAAAGUGAAGACCUACUGGGCUGAAAGCAGCAGCAGCAGUAGCAGCAAGAGCGUGUCCAUCAGCCGCCUGCUCUCCCAGAACCUCUACGGCAAGGACAACUUCACCUCCCUCCACCUGGACUACGACGACCCGGACCCCUUCUCCAAACAGGAGCACUGGAACUGGCCUUACAACACCUCCUCCUCCUCCUCCUCCCCACGAGACCCCCGCGAUCCCCGCUCCAGAACAAAGCGGAGACCUAUUGUCAAAACCGGCAAGUUCAAGAAGAUGUUCGGUUGGGGCGACUUCCAUUCCAACAUCAAGACCGUCAAGCUCAACCUCCUCAUCACUGGCAAGAUUGUCGACCACGGCAACGGGACUUUCAGCGUCUACUUCCGGCACAAUUCCACCGGGCAGGGCAACGUCUCCGUGGGUUUGGUACCUCCCACCAAAGCCGUGGAGUUCCAAGUCCAACCUCACCCGCACUUCCACCAACCAAACAACCACCACCAGCAGCAGCAGAAGACAGCCCUGGAGACCAAAGAAACCAAGCUCUUCAACUGCCGCGUGGAGUACGAGAAAGUGGAAAAAGGGACGCGGAACUCCCUGUGCGCCCACGACCCAUCACAGAGCUGCCCACAGGAGCAGACCCAAAGCCACGUGUCUUGGUUGUGCUCCAAGCCCUUUAAGGUCAUCUGCAUCUUCAUCACGUUCCACAGCACCGAUUACAAGCUGGUGCAGAAGGUGUGUCCAGAUUACAACUAUCACAGCGACACGCCCUACCUGCCCACUGGGUGAUCGCGUGAAACGAACAAAGGGGAGGGGCUUAAGAAGGAAGCAGGGAC